GCUGUAUGUUAAACAGAAGAUUUUCUCGGGAGGAGUGAGCUGUUCAGACUGUUUAGUUAAGUAUUGAAAUAAAGUUUUUUUUUUAGUGUUGUGAAAAAAAUUACAUGAUUGAGAUGGCUGAAGAUAUUAAUGAACAAAACAGUGACACUCUGGAAGUUCCAGAAAUCGAACUGAUUAUUAAGGCUUCUACCAUUGAUGGUCGUCGUAAAGGAGCUUGUCUGUUCUGCCAGGAAUACUUCAUGGACUUGUACCUUCUAGCUGAAUUAAAAACUAUUUCUCUUAAGGUGACAACAGUUGACAUGCUAAAACCACCUCCAGAUUUUCGUUCAAAUUUUGAUUCAACACCUCCCCCAAUAUUGAUUGAUCGUGGCCAGAAUGUGUUAGAGAAUGAAAAAAUUGAACGUUAUAUCAUGAAAAAUGUUCCAGGAGGUCAUAAUCUGUUUGUGCAGGAUAAGGACACUGCAACAGUUAUAGAAAACUUAUAUAGUAAAUUCAAGUUAAUGCUUACUAGAAGAGAUGAACAGGCUAAACGGGCUUUGCUAAAUCAACUAAGAAAUAUUGAUGCCCAUUUGGAAAAGAAACAAGGUCGAUUUUUGACUGGAGAUACUAUGUGUUGCUUUGAUUGUGAGCUGAUGCCACGUCUUCAACAUAUUAGGAUUGCAGGAAAGUACUUUGCUGACUUUGAAAUUCCUGAGGAUUUACGCAACCUUUGGUGUUACAUGGCUCGAAUGUAUCAACUUGAUGCUUUCACUCAAUCUUGUCCAGCUGAUCAGGACAUUAUCAAUCAUUAUAAACUGCAGCAAGGCACAAAAAUGAAAAAACAUGAAGAAUUAGAGACACCAACUUAUACUACUUCCAUCCCUGAAGGUAUUCUUGAAUAAGUCAAAAUUUAUUUUUUAUUGUAUAAAAAUCAAGUUGCACACACUUAUAAUAUGCGGUCUGAGUUCUUGACUCCCCUAGAAUUGCUUCUAUUACAUUUUCAGUGCUAUUAUUUGUAAAAUUCACUAAGACUUAAGUCAUCCUGUUCUGUAGUAUAGAAAAAUAAGGCUGCACACACAUGUAGGCCGAAGAAUUAUCAUCUGUAGUAUAUAAUGCACAGACGUUUUAUACUUUUCAUAAAAUAUAAAGAGUUUAUUUUGAGUACAGUCAUUGCUGUCUAUCAUUAAAAAUUGAAUUGUGCAUUUAUGUUACUUAUACAGGACAUGCACAGGAAAUGUCAAAUUGUAGUUUUUAGACAAUAUAAUUUUUAAACGUCAUUAAAAUUCUUAAGACUGUGCAUAUUAUUAAAGAUGUAUAGUGUUGUGAUAUUUUUGUAUAUGUGUAUACAGAUGAUUUUUCAGAAUUAACAGGUAUAUCUUUGAAACUAUUUCCAAUACCAAAAUUGAUUUUUUUUGUCGUAUAGCUUGGUGUAGCAUAUUUGUAUAAGAUAAUAAAAGAAGCCUUGUGUUGCAGAUAUUAAGACAGUAAUUAUGCAUUUAAACUUUGUAAACUCUUACAUGUAUUUAUAUAUAUUGUGUUUACAAUUAUAUACAUGUUUUUGAUGUGAAAUCUGAACAUUUAGACUUUUAUAUAACUCUUAUAAACAGUGGCAUUUUGUGUUUUCGAUAUUCUGAAAAUAAAACUUGAUUUAAAGAUUUUUGGUGCAAUUUCCCACUAUGAUUAUUUACUUUUGUGUGUUAACGUCAUAGUUAGGUAUAUUCUUUUUAGUAUAUAUUAACUUGCCUUCUAAUAAUUGAUAUGUUGUGUUGAUAAUGUUCCAUGUCCUGCUGUAAGCUUAAAUUUGUUGCAUACAAAUUUUUUGAUGUAUUCAAUGCUUCCUUGUGUGGUCUAUACUUUUUGAUUAAUAUAUAAAUGUUUCAUAACAUGUUUAAAUUGCUGUAAAAAACGAGUCUUCCCCUGAUCAUUCCAAGCAAUUGUAUUCAUGGGCAAGUAACUUGAAUGAGUUGUGUGUCAUUAAGUUGUGACUUUUUGCAUUUCUUUUUCCAGUUUUGAAUAAUUUAUUAUGAUAAGAUUUUUAUUUUUCUUAGAAAAAUUGCUAAAAUUUUAUUGUGCCUUUGAUAACUGCCCAUUCCCAAAUAGUUUGAAGUUAUUACUUUGAAGAAUAAAGCAUUGCUAACUUUCACCCUUUUCAUUUGUAUUUGAUAAUUCGUACAAUAAUGCACAGGUGGCAAACAGGUUUUAAUUUGUGUGCCAUAACAGGGUAUUCUUUAACAGUUCCAGGUGCCAUGGAUAAUUAUUGCAUAAUGUAUAAGUAUGGAAUUGUUAAUCAAUUUAGACUUGCAAUAUGCUAUUUCCAGAUAUUCUUGUGAAAAUUCAUAACUCGAAGAUAACUUAUGUAAUAAAAUUUUCAAUUAUCUGUAGCGCAUCAAUUUCAGAUAGAUGCUUCUUUUCAAACCAUCGAAAUUUUUGCAAUUUCAAUAAAAUAUGAUUUUUUGAAAA